AUGAACAAGGAGAAGCUGGAGCAACUGGUGAAGCGCAUGGAGGAGACUCUGUCCGAGAUGGAGCAGCUCAAGGUCCACUGUGGGAGGCAGACGGAGGAGCUGAGCCAACUGGUGGUGGAGCUCCGCAGGGAAAACAAAGAGCUGCUGGAGAAGUACAAACAGCUCUGUGCGGAGAUGAAAGAAGCCAAGGAAGUCAUCGACCAACUCCAGGACACAAAGUACGCUUUCAACGCCAAGGAGCGGCAAGCCCAGAAGCUGAGCAGGCAUCUCUGA